AUGGAGACGGACGUGGCUCUGCGUCUAGUGGAGGAGAGGCAAGGGGCUUUAUGUUGUGCCUUGGUUGAGACCUCCCUUUCCAAUUCCCGCCGGCAGUGUCUUCAGGCACUACCCGUUUCCGCGUAUACCGACGACGAGGAAACGUCUCCUUGGCCAACGGCCAAACUAGAGUACUCGAAUUUUGAUACGUGGCUAAACUCCGAGGAGGCGCAGGAAACUCCCCGAGUGAUACUGGAGGUGUUGUGUGCCAACCGUGCGGUCUUUCCAGAUAAACUUCCUACCGGGCUGCCACCGAAACGCCCCCACGAUCACCGAAUUCUUCUCGUGCCAGGGAAACUCCCUGCGAAAUCGGCGAUUUACCGCAUGACCCCCGAACAACUUCUGUUUCACAAACAGGAGAUAGCUAAGCUGUCUGCUAAUGGGUGGAUCGGCCCUACUUACUCUCCGAUCUGCGCACCUACGAUUAUGGUGGAUAAGCGAAGUGAUGCGACGGGCGAGCGUAAGAUGCGCAUGGUUGUCAACUACCGGGAGCUGAACGCCCUUACGAUUGCGCCUGACUUUUCCCUACCACCUAUUCAAACGAUUCUUGAGAUGCUGGGGGGGGCCCGAUACUUUUCCACCCUCGAUCUCGAGUCAGGAUUUCACCAGAUAAGGAUGGCCAAGGAGGACAGGUGGAAGACAGCUUUCCGUUCUGUUAUGGGGUUAUUCGAGUAUAAGGUCAUGCCCUUUGGUCUCAAGGGCGCACCUGCUACCUUUCAGGCCAACAUCAAUGCAUACCUACAGCCUUUAUUAGGUCAGGGAGUCAUCGCGUACCUUGACGACGUCCUCAUUUACAGCCCUGACCUUCCCAGCCAUGUUGCUCUCCUCCAACAGGUACUCGGUAUUUUUCUUGACCAGCAAUUUUACCCCAAGUUCUCUAAAUGCAAAUUUGCAAAGCGGGAGCUUACCUACCUGGGCUAUACCGUUAGCGCGGAGGGUAUAAAACCCGCACCCGACAAGAUUCAAGUCAUCAAGGCGUGGCCUGAGGUGUUGCAGAACGAGACGCAAAUACGUCAGUUCCUAGGCACCGUUAAUUAUUGUCGAAUGUUCAUGGGCCCGGAUUUUGCCAGGGUCGCCCGCCCGCUAGUAGAUCUCACGCGCAAGGGUGUCCCUUUCCAGUGGACAGACGCACACACUCAGGCGGUACGCCACCUCAAGCAGCGUUUGAUUGAUUACACCACCUUACAGAUUCCUGAUACAACCAAACCCUUUGAGCUCUACACGGACGCCUCUGGCUUUGCUGUUGGCGCGGUCCUCGAACAGGCCGGUCAGCCAAUAGGGUUCCUCAGUCAGGCCAUGACCCCCACGCAGCAGAAAUACUCCAUCUAUGACCAGGAGCUUUUGGCCUUAGUGUCUGCACUCGACAAGUGGGCACACUUACUGAGGCCUACCAAGGUCACGGCCCACACCGACCACCAAGUUCUUACAUACUUACAGCAGCUCAAGGCGUGGAAGCCUCUUCGCGGCCGCACCGCCCGCUGGCUAGAUUUUCUAGCUGAGUUUCCCGGUCUCACUAUUACAUACCUGCCGGGUGCACGUAAUCAAGUGGCGGAUGCACUGUCUCGUCUUCCUUGUCACUCAGCCCCCAGUCCUUCACCCUCCCCCAUCAACCCCCCUGAGACCAAUUCUGGGUCUCUUGCAGUUCUCGGGCCUGGGACUGACCAGUCCGAACCAACGCACAGGACCCGGGGAACACAUCCUGACUACCGGCAACUUGCCGGCCUCCGCCGACGUUCCUCUAGGAAACGCAGCCCCUCACCCCCGGUUCCAUCCCCGACCUCUACGCUCGACCCCGCGCCCGAAUCUUCCACGCCGGCAGACCCAAGACCUACGCCCAGCUCACCCGACCUCGACUGGCCGGCGGCGUAUUCUAAGUGCCCGGUGUUCGGCGCACCAUAUAACACUGCCUCUACCAAGCAGGGUGAAGUCGUUCAACUGGAGUUCCAACAUCGUCGUCACACCUUCCGUUUUGUCCUGCCCUAUUUACACAUAUGCGUUAAUGGUCUCUGGCUUAUUUGCGUGCCGCAGUUUCCGGAGUUCCUCACUCACAUCCUGUACAUGCACCAUGAUCACGUCACCGCCGGGCAUCGAGGCCAAAAGAAGACCUACAAGGCCCUUAGCAAGCGUUACUAUUGGCCUGGCAUGCGUACUUACACCAACGCGUACGUGGAGUCCUGCACGCAGUGUCGCGCAGCCAAAUCACUUAAUCAAAAACCUGCCGGUCUCUUACAACAGUUGCUUAUUCCCUCGCGCAGGUGGAGCCAUGUCAGUCUAGAUUUCAUCACCGACUUACCCCUCACCUCCUCUGGGCACGACGCUAUUCUGGUCGUCGUUGAUUCUCUCAGCAAGAUGGCACACUUUAUUCCGGCCAAGAAGUCCCUCACAGCCGCUGACACUGUAGAGCUCCUUGCUGACCGCCUCAUCCGUUACCACGGCUUUCCCGAAGUCCUCAUUUCCGACAGGGAUCCACGUUUCCAAUCUGAAGUUUGGUCGCAACUAUGCUCGCGUUUUAAUAUUACCCGGGCGAUGUCCUCUUCUUACCAUCCGCAGACGGAUG